UUGUGCGCAUCCAGAGUCGCCGGCUUCGCCUACCACUCCUAUCCGCUGCCGUCCAAGAUCCCCGAGCCGCCGAGCGACAGCAUGUCCAAGUCGUCCGUCGCCCAGCCCGAACCCCUUCCCCGAGUCCACGAGACGCGGCCGCCGCCGCAGCACGAAGCCGCCCCCAAGCCCACAGCUCCGCCGCAGGUGCAGGCCGUGCCGCCCUCAACAGCAGCAGAAGCAGCCUCAGAACCCCCGUCCGCCAAAGCCAGCGAGGCGGAUGCGCAAGCGGCCAAGCCUGCGGCGCGACCCCGAUCCAAGCUGCGCGCCCGCAAGGCGGCCAUGAAGCUCACGCCCGCGGCCGUGGAACAGCUGCGGUCGCUGCUCAAUCGGCCCGACCCGAAGCUCAUCAAGGUCGGCGUGCGGAACCGGGGCUGCAGCGGGCUGGCGUACCAGCUGGAAUACGUCGACAAGCCCGGUGCUUUUGACGAAAUGGUGGAGCAGGACGGUGUCAAGGUGCUGAUUGACAGCAAGGCGCUCUUCAGCAUCAUUGGCAGCGAGAUGGACUGGGCGGAGGAUAAGUUGAGUCAGAAGUUUGUGUUCAAGAACCCUAAUAUCAAGGAACAAUGUGGCUGCGGAGAAUCAUUCAUGGUCUAGGACGAGAUUGGCCUCCGAGGCAGAUGCGAGGCAAAUAUGCAUAGGAGGAACUGUACGAUGGCGACGACUAGAGACUCGAGAACUACAGGGCGAGGCAAGGCUCAUAAUGGUGCCGAUACAGUACGAUACGAGGCACGGAACAGCGAGAUACAACACUAUUGGGGCAUGAUACCGGCGUUAGGUUAGAGGCAUACAGCCAUUGUUCAGAUACAUUGAUGUCAAUUACACUCUUGAUGACUGAAGG